AUGGCAGCAGCCACCCUGGUGAACGAUUUUCCAGAAUUCGGCCCCUUGGGACAACGCAUGCGCAACGAAGCAGUGGAGAUCAUUUCCAAGGAGACUACCAUGGACGACAAGUCCCUCCUGGCUCUACUUAUGCUUGGCCAGACCGCCAGUUGGCACGAUUCCAAAGAUUUAGGCGUCUCGUUUUUCAACCUACUUCGGAAGCAUCUGGAUGUCAAGGCCGCGGAAACUCCCAGUCAAAAUCACGGUAAUAAUCACCAAUUCUUCGAGGAGGCUCUCAUCUACUGGGAGAUGCUUCUGUCGUUUGUCGCGGACGACUCGGCCGUGUUGUCGGGGAAAUCUGCCGCGGGAAUAGGUGAAUCAGUCGUCCUGCAGCGGGUGCCCCAUCCUUGGACAGGGAUCGCCCGCGACACCCAAUUCACCGUGCAAGAAGUAGGAAGAUUAAUUCGCGCAGAGAGGAAGAGAGUUCGUGCUAGGAAUUUCACCUCUCAGGCAGACAUCGACCGAGCGCAGAUGGCCAUCACCAGGGCUCGAGAGCUGGAAGAAAGGCUGCUUGGCCUCGCUCAUCCCACGGAGGGUGAAAUCGUCAGUCCUGGCGACGAUGAGACACCAGUUUGGCAUCUUCUGACGAUGGCUGAGGUAUACCGCUGUACAGGCCUCCUGCAGCUGUAUAGAGUUUUCCCCGAUCUGCUUCGCCGUCGGCUUCCUUCCAAUCAGACAUUGUCUUCACAGACAGACCAACAGCCAUCCGCUACUGCUCCGCGCGAUCCUUUCUUUUCCUUGGACACCGACUUAAAUCUCGAGAGCAUGGCCUGGUUCUCCGACUCUCCCUUCCCACAGCCCGAAAGCAACGUGUCGUCUGAGCAAGCAGCAUCGAGCAUAACUCACACAGAUUCUUAUUACAGCAGCUGGUUGACCGAAUUCGCACUCACCACUCUGUCCCGCCUCAAGACCAUUCCCCUCGAAUCCCGCACCAGAUGUCUCCAACCAUUUCUGCUCGUCGCAUCGAGUAGCGAACUUCGCCUGCCACGUGUAACGCCGUCGGAGAUCCCUGUAGACGUAGAUGGGCCCCAUCUCUCGUCACAUGCCAUCGAGGUUUCCAGGACUCGCCGCUUCGUUCUCGGACGCUUGACCUCUUUCAUGCACGUCCUGCCUCCGAAGCCGAUCAGCGUCUGCCUUCAACUUGUGCAAGAGGUAUGGAGACGAAUGGAUGCGGGGGACAAUAGCGUAUACUGGAUGGAUGUCAUGAUUGAGAAGGGCUGGGAGACGACGAUGGGCUGA